AGUCUAGUUGCCCUCAGCCUCAGACAGAGGUGGGUCGGCUCCUAGACAUUGUUGCGACGUUGCCCUGACAGGCAGGCGCUCACCCUGAGCCGCGUAUAUACCAGAAGAAACUUUCUCCGUGCGAAAGGACGAAAUAGGAGGACACCGGACCAUCAAGCACGCAGUUUCCUCCGCAAUGAUGGGAGGGCACGGGUGGGUGAAACUCCUCUUCCUGGGAACCACCUUGUUCUUGGUCCUGAUCACGGCACCGCUCCAAACUCAAGCGGCAAAACCAAAGUCGAGGCACAGGGCCAUCAGACCCGUCCAGGCUCAACAACCUGUGAAUCCUACCAACCCGGAGUAUAACGAGUAUGACGAGUACUACGACAACUACGACGACUACGAGGAUCUGCAGCUCAGGAACGGAACGCAAAACGAGCGUGUACCACCACCAACGUCGGGACCACCGACCGAUAACUUGGUUCGACCUAGACCAGCGACGCCUGAAGUCACCACCAAUCCACCUCCUGCGGAGACUCCAUCCACUCCCGUUCCACCUGCUCUGCUUCCAGAUGAAACCACCGAACCGGGGUCACCAGCUCCAGGUGGCGAGGAUGAAAGGGAACCCGGUCUAUCGCCGCCCACUUCACCUUCGGAAAUUAUUCCGGGCGCGAGCAACCGUGUGAACUCGGUCGCUAUAACGGGUCCAAGGGGAGAAGACGGACGUCCAGGAGACAGCGGACGUCCCGGAGACUCGGGAUUUCCGGGGACGCCUGGAACCCCUGGAAUUCCUGGACCACCCGGGCCACCGGGCCCCGCACCUGACGUUUCCCUCUACUACCAACAACUCGCAUUGGCUCAGGCCGGACAAGACAAGGGUCCAACGGGGGGUGCCGCGCCCUUUUAUGCAUCUCCAGAUGCAUUCUCCUAUCUCCAGGCUCAAGUUGGUCCUGUAGGACCACGCGGACCACCUGGGCCACCAGGUAGUCCCGGUCCCCAGGGAUUCCAGGGAAUACGAAGCGAACCCGGAGAACCAGGACCCCCAGGCCCCACAGGUCCUCCGGGACCUCGAGGAUUAACCGGACUCUCCGGAAAAGAUGGCGAUGCCGGGGAGGAUGGUGAACCUGGACCCCCAGGAUCACAGGGACCGGUUGGUCCGCGAGGAUUACCCGGUAUGCCUGGCCUUCCUGGUAUCAAGGGUCAUCGGGGAUUUCCUGGACUCGACGGGGCUAAGGGGGACCAAGGCCACACCGGGGAGAAGGGAUCUGCCGGUGCACCGGGGCCGAUCGGGCCGAUGGGACCAAUGGGUCCUGCAGGACCCCGAGGAGAGAGGGGGCGCGAAGGGCCUCCCGGACCACCCGGAGUAAGAGGAAUGGACGGAGUUUCCGGACCACCCGGACAUCCCGGUGCGAACGGCAAGUCAGGACCUCCCGGGUUUCCCGGUAGUCCUGGUAUCAAGGGAGAUCAAGGAGCUCAGGGUCCGAAGGGUAGCCAAGGUCUGCAGGGUCCGAGGGGUGAAUCGGGUCGACCUGGGCAACCGGGAGAAUCCGGGCCUCAAGGAGCGCCAGGAAAAGAUGGAUUUCCAGGUGAGAAAGGAAGCACAGGAGCACCGGGGAUGCUAGGUUCACCCGGUUUCCCUGGUGUUCGCGGACAGCCUGGUCUCGCUGGAAGUCCGGGUACGCCCGGUGCCAAAGGAAUGCCGGGCACGCCUGGCUCGAGGGGAUUCAAAGGGGAGACAGGGUCGAAAGGUGACUCCGGGGCGCCCGGUCCUAGGGGAAUGCCGGGGCCACCAGGUAACGAGGGAAAAAGAGGAAAGCGAGGCAUGCGAGGUCCGAUCGGGGCGACGGGAUCUGCUGGCGAACGUGGGCUACCCGGAGUUCGUGGGCUACCAGGGCCCGACGGGCCUGUGGGUCCAAAAGGACAAACGGGGGAUCGGGGACCAUCGGGAGGCAGCGGACCAAAGGGAGGAACCGGGGAUCCCGGAAGGCCAGGUCUUCCAGGGCUGCAGGGUCCUCGCGGUUUGAUGGGUCGUCCGGGUGCUACUGGCAAGCCAGGUAAUCCUGGAGAGCGUGGAAUUCAAGGUGCGGAUGGUAAGCCCGGUGAUUCGGGACCUCCGGGAGUCCAGGGAUUGCCCGGACCGCUAGGGUUACCCGGAGACAAGGGAUACCCGGGAGAACCAGGAAAAGACGGUGAACCAGGCGCGCAAGGUCCACCUGGUCCGAGGGGGGACUCAGGGAAGGAUGGACCACCCGGUACACAAGGCGCACCCGGACCACCAGGAGGUGACGGGGAAAGAGGACCAGCCGGUCCCGCGGGUCCUAGAGGAUUCCAAGGUUUGCCCGGAGUCAGCGGGAAUCCAGGAAUGCCUGGAAAAGAUGGUGAACAGGGGACACAAGGACCACCGGGACUUCCAGGUCCGGUUGGUAACAGGGGUGACCGUGGAUUCCCCGGAGACCGUGGUCCAGUCGGAUCACCCGGAUCACCGGGACCUAGAGGAGAAACAGGAGCACAAGGCACGGAUGGAUUACCGGGCACGGCAGGGCCACCCGGAGACAAGGGACACUCCGGACCUCCAGGACUCGUGGGUUUGCCAGGAUUGAGAGGAUUGCCUGGAUCACCUGGAGACAAGGGAGAGAGAGGGUCGUUCGGACCAGUAGGACCUGAGGGGCCACCAGGACGUAUCGGCGAACGCGGACCGCAAGGUCCGAUGGGACAGACAGGUCCCCCGGGCGAACCCGCGGAGCGUGGAGACACAGGACCUCCAGGACCUGCUGGGGAGGUUGGUGCCCCCGGUAGCCCGGGAGAGAGAGGACCUCCGGGUCCGAUCGGGCUACAAGGUUUCCCUGGACCACAUGGUCUUUCAGGACUACCCGGCAGCAAGGGCGAACGAGGAUAUCCCGGGCUCAAAGGAGACCAAGGCCACCCGGGUGCAGCGGGUAAUCCCGGUGAACAGGGGCCUCAGGGACUAAUCGGUCUGACUGGGGCCAAGGGAGCGCGAGGUGAACCGGGUGCUAGGGGUGAAACUGGAAUGAUGGGACCUUCCGGUCUGCCCGGACUAUUGGGUGCUUCUGGACAACCUGGAGCUGCGGGGCCACCUGGUCCACCGGGACUUCCGGGAAUCAAAGGCGUUGUAGGGGAUGUAGGACGUCAAGGUAACCCAGGACCUGCUGGUAACCCUGGACCACCUGGGUUUGACGGUCUUAAAGGAGACAGUGGCGCAGAAGGACCACCAGGCCCGAUCGGUCCUCCGGGACCCCAGGGAUCACCUGGAGAUCGCGGACUUCCCGGACUUCCAGGAACCCCUGGCUCAAUCGGCGCCAGAGGUUUGCGGGGCGCGUCUGGGGAAACUGGAAUGCCAGGAAAACCAGGAACGGAAGGUCCACCAGGACCCCAAGGACUACCAGGACCAAAUGGGCCACCGGGUCCUGCCGGAGAUGCUGGGCCAGAGGGUCCACCGGGUAAAUCGGGACCACCAGGUAUCGCUGGAAGACCGGGAGACAAGGGACCAUCUGGGAUGCCAGGGCCACCUGGUUCAUCUGGACCGAGCGGAUUACCUGGGCCACCAGGACAAGCCGGACCCCAAGGGCAAGCUGGAGAGAGGGGAGCGCGAGGCGACGCAGGACCUCAGGGCGUCGAAGGACAACAGGGUCCCCGCGGUAAGCCCGGACCGACUGGACCCGAGGGAGCAAAGGGAGAACAUGGCGAACCAGGACCAAUUGGUGCAAAGGGUCAUCGUGGGCUUAUAGGUCUGCAGGGAUUGCCAGGUGCUCCAGGUAUCCCCGGGGAGAAGGGUAUGAUAGGGCUGCCAGGCAUCCCUGGCAAAGAUGGCGAAAUAGGGACACGAGGUCCUCCUGGUAGGGACGGCAAUCAAGGUCCACAGGGUAUGCCCGGGAAUCCAGGGCCCAGAGGACCGUCAGGGGAAGAAGGAAGACACGGAGCUCCAGGACCAGCAGGGCCACCUGGUCCCCCUGGACCACCGGGAGAACUUGGCCUGGGUUACGACGCUGCAUCUUUGGCUGCUCUUCUCGGUCAAGGACAAGGACAAAGCAAGGGUCCGGAUUCUUUCAGCGGCGACGAACCGCCCAGGAUAUUCGGGAAGGAUAUUACGGAGGCGGAGCGCAGAGAACUGGUAUCGAAGGCCUUCGAGCAGCUAAAGAUAUCAUUCCAGAAAUUCAGAAAACCUGACGGACAGAAACAAGACCCGGCGAAAACUUGCAGGGAUCUAUUUGUAGCGUAUCCAGAUAAACCGAGCGGGGAGUACUGGAUAGACCCCAACGAGGGUGAUAGCAAGGACGCGAUCCUGGUGUACUGCGACACGGACAAAUCCAAGACUUGUGUAAUGCCAAAGCCUGAGCGUUCUCCAGAAAUCACGUAUACCGGCGAGGAACAAGAAGUCUGGCUCAGCGAGCUUGAGAACGGAAUGCAGAUUACGUACAAGGCGGACAGCAACCAGAUAAGUUUCCUACAACUUUUGUCCACCCACGCUGAACAGAAUUUGACUUACCACUGCAAGAACUCGGUGGGGUAUUUCGACACGGAGCGUCGAACCUACAGACGAGGUCUAAAACUCCUGACGUGGAACGACGCGGAGCUCACACCCCGUGGUAACCAGCGUUUGCGAUACGACGUUGUGUUGGAUGAGUGUCGGGACCGUCUCGAUAAAUGGGGCAAGACAGUACUCAGCUAUGAAACGGACAAACCGAUUCGUCUGCCUUUAUUGGACGUCGCUUUGAGGGAUGUAGGAAAGCCAGAGCAGAGCUUUUCAGUUCAAGUCGGACCUGUUUGCUUCAGGUAAAGUUGAUGACACACUCGGUGUGCAUCGUAUCCUUCCGGACACCGUUUGGCAUUUGACGAUUCUGUUAAUCUUGAAUUCAUAUAUCGCAUACGGAUGCACAUACAUGGCUAUAUUACCGCAACGUUUACCUGAGCAGGUGAAAUUAAUAUAAGAUAAUUAUACUCGUGCGUAUGAUAACGAUAUUAUGGCCUGUACAAUGAACUACGGUGGAUAGUAAUUUGGAGAAAGUAUUCUGCUGAUGAUUUUAGGGAUCAGCGUGCGAACAUGAUUAAUAUCGGCGUAUAUGACGUCCGAGUAAUAUAAUUACUAACGAUAUUUUUUUAUAGUAUAGACUGUGAGCAACUCACGAAAUACAAACGUUACACUGCCAAAUAUGUAUAAUUAUACACGUACGUACAAUUUUUGAUAAGUAAACUAUUUUGCGCCUCUUAUUAUCUUAAGACAAUUAUGGGAUGUUGAACUAUAUCGUGUGUUAUUUCGUUCGAGAUUUAUGAAAUAUCGGAAAAUGAAAGAAUGCAAUGCCCAAAGAUUUCAAGUAUGUACUCAUAAUUACCCUACCUAUGUUUUUACUAUUAUACCUACACUCACUAUAUUCUUAUAAUGCUAAUCACGUACAAUACGCAUCCAACAUUCUCUAUCAUAGCUUUAAGUAUUAAUACGUGUAAGUACAUACAUAUACAUAUGUAUAUUUUCAUUGGUUCUGUAACACACUCCGCUGCUACAGUUAUCAGUACGAUUUUAGUAUGUUAUCAUGUUUUAAUCAAUAAUCGAAUAUCAAAUGAAAGUUCAUUGUAAUUACGUGGCUCUUCAAUAAUAAAUGGCUAUAUCAUAUGGUGCGGAUAGAUUCGUUAAAA